UAUCAGGUCAGGUGUGUCUUUACAGUGGAGGAUGAUGUCUGUAUGUGUGAUGAAAAGGGCAGGGCAAACCGAGCUGGUCUCUGAUCAGGUGGAGUGGAAGAGUGUCUCUCUGUAUCUGCCGGUGUGUUGAUGUAUGUUUAGCCUCUCUCUUUUUUUGAGUCAGCCACUGAGGGCCGUUCAUCAAGGCAUCAUGUUCAGCCUCAUCAAACUACGUUGUCAAACUACAAGUGUCCUCAAUGUCAACCAAGUGCCCAAAGCAUUUCAAGAGGACGGUAUCAUCUCCGGAUAUCGGCAUCCUCGUAGUUCAGCCACAGACUGUGUGUUGAGUCUCUUUCAGCUCACCAAUGAGACCCUCAAUGUCUGGACACACUUUCUACCAACCUGGUAUUUUCUAUGGAAGUUGAUGACAGUGUUGCUGAUGGAGGAUGCGUUGUAUGAUGCAUACACAUGGCCUCUGCUGGUCUUCUUGUUCUCCUGCUGUGUGUAUCCAUUGGCCUCCAGCUGUGCCCACACCUUCAGCACCAUGUCUGCUUGCUCUCGUCAUAUCUGUUACUUCUUUGACUAUGGAGCGCUCAGUCUGUACAGCCUCGGUUCAGCGAUCAGCUACUCUGCAUACGUAUUUCCUGAUGCAUGGGUGAACAGCACUUUUCAUGCAUACUACAUUCCUGUAGCUGUACUAAACACCAUCGUCUCAACCAGCCUGUCCUGCUACUCGAGGCUUGGCUUACCAUUCCUUCACUAUGACAUCGAUGAAAGUUUCUCUGAGAGACAGAGCCCACGGCUGAGUAAGGUGUUGCGAAUUCUUGCCUUUGCCUACCCUUACCUGUUUGACAACAUUCCCCUCUUCUACAGGUUGUUUCUGUGUGUGGGUGAGGGCUGCACUGAUAAUGAAGCAAACUCCAUUCAUGUUCACCAUACAUUGUUGGCUUUUCUUACCGCCUUCCUGUUUGCAACACACUUGCCUGAGAGACUGGCACCUGGACGCUUUGAUUACAUAGGCCACAGUCAUCAACUGUUUCACGUGUGUGCAAUUAUUGGGACACAUUUCCAGAUGAAGGCCAUCGAAGCUGACAUGGUGCUGAGACAGUCUCAGCUGCUGGUCACUGCUCCUCCUAUCACAUUUAAUAACACCGCUGGAUCAGCUCUGGUCUGUGUCUGCAUCAGUCUGGGGAUCAUAUGUCUUUAUAGUCUACCUCUGCUGUACGGCUCCUCAGAAACACACACGACAUCGGCUGAAGGGAAGAAAUGCAAGCACUAAAAGCUUCUUGAGACAGAGGGUCUCUGAAAGAAUAAUUGCAGUCUUGCACAAGUUACUAAAGUUAUUAUGAAAAAAAAUAUAUAGAGGACAUUCUUAUGGGAUAUUAAAUUAUUAAAAACAAUCCCCAAGAGGGGUUUGUAAGUUUACUGAAACUAUGCAACCUGAAAUUGGAAAGAGUAAUGACUGUCUUACCGCAUGAAUUCUGCUUCUCAGGGAAGAUUAGGACAAUGUAAGUCAGUGGGAAGGUGUGUCAAAGUGGUUAUUUAUAAUGUAUAGAAACACAUUUAUUAAAUGAACGACGCAUAACAAUUGGGUUUACAAUAUCAAACCUGAUCAGGUAAAUGCGGAUACAGAAACACCCUAAUUUACAUAACUGACAUACUUUAAUACAUAGGCGUGAAUUGGUGAUAAUUCUGUCUGUCCAAUUUCCAUACAAUACAUAAUAGAGUAUGCGUUUGGAAUUAACUAAUUCACUUGAAUUAUGAAUGACACUUUCCUACGUUGCCUACUGUAUGAGAGGACCAUUUGGGAUAAACCAAUGCUCUAGAAUGACUUUUCUACAAUAGGAAAAAGAGUAUUUUCUUUUAAAUUUUCAGACAUUUGGUCAUAAUUUCAGUAUAGAAGGAAACUUUACUCAAAACUGAAAAUGUGCUGUUAAUUUACUCACCUCUAAGCCAUCCAACCCGUUGGUGACAAUUUUUCUUCAGAUAGUCUAAGGCUAUGGAUUACAUGUAAUAUUUUUUUUUAAUAAUGUUCAGCUUCUUGCACAAGCUGAUUGUUUUGCAUCAUAAGAUGAAGUAUUAGUUUUGUGUUUUUUUUUGGUUUUGACUCUCAAGUGAUGGUAGCCAUUGCAUUUUUUAAAUCACCAAGGACCAUGGUUUCAGCUAAAAAUCUUCUUUGCUGUUCAACUGAAGAAAAAAAAAGUCAGCUACAUCAUGGGUGGUCUAAGGUUAAAUAAAUCUACAGCAGAUUUUUGGGUGGUUUAUCGGUUUAAAAUAUGUCCCGAGAUUAUAACCAAAUGUCUGAAAAUUACAAUGUAAACACACUCCACUAUUUCAUUCUCAUGAGCUGCUAUUUCUUUUAUGUACAGACAAACAACUCAACAACUAGCACUGUGUAUAAAAUAAAUGCACAAUUACAUGUGUGCACAGUGCCAAAGUCUGACAGCUUAAGUAUAUAUUACACUUAUUUGUUUUCAGUGCCACAUUUUUCCUGUU